UUUUUCAAAAAAAAAAAUCUCCCCCUAAUUGCGUACCAAAUGCAGUAAUUUCAACUAAAAAAAACCCACCAAAAACGAAGACAAGAAAUUGUUUGUUUUUUUGUUUUCUCAAUUGAGUUCUCUUCACAGCAAUGGCUAUUUCUUCGAUUUCAACGAACUGCCCAUCUCUUCUUCGCUUCUCAAACAACUCGAAGCAAUAUUUUUAUUCACCCCAUAAUUUCAUUUCUUUUCGGUUUUCACGAUCCAGUCUCAGCCGUAGAAAACCGCUUUCCAUUCGAGCAACUGCCGUUCCAGCGGCGCCAACAGCGGAAGGGCUGGCGCCUGCUAUUACGUUGACGGAUAAUGCAUUGAAGCACUUGAAUAAGAUGAGAGCAGAGCGUGACGAGGAUUUGUGCUUAAGAAUUGGGGUUAAGCAAGGUUGCUGUUCGGGCAUGUCUUAAACAAUGGAUUUUGAGAACAGAGCAAAUGCUAGACCCGGUGAUUCUAUCAUUGAAUAUAACGGAUUCACAAUCAGAAUCUCCAUAUGCUCUUUAAACUCCAGGAGCGUGAAAGCAUAAGGAUUCGAGGG